GUUAUCGAGAUCUAAAGAAAUCUUACAUUAUACUGAAAUUGGAUUUUUAUUUUUUGGUCAAAGACUGUAUAUAUUAGUUCUUUCUGAUGUAAAUUGGCUAAUCUAAAACCAAACCACAUUCUAAAUAGUAUUUUAAAUGUAAAAUUAGAACUGACUGUGUUGUAGUCCUGCAACCAACCUGAGUAAAACCUACGGUGUGCAAUGUUUUUUUUGUUUUUUGUUUUUUUUAUAAAACCGCGUUGGUGGGAACAAAGUCAGCCUCAUCUUAUUUCAGUGAGCCUGAUUAAAGCAGACAAUGGAUAAACUUGUUCUGUUCUAGAAAAUAGCAGCUUAAAGUCCUGAGCACUAGACUGCAAACAGGCAGAUACAACCAUGGAGCUGAAACUGACAAGACUUGUACUUCUCUGCACACUAACAGCAGUGCUCUUUUCAGUUCCUGAAACUGAAGCUGUAGAAGCGCCAAAAUGCCAUUUGUACGAACUGCCUGGGUGUCCAAGGAACUUUGAGCCUGUUUGUGGAACUGAUGGAAAUUCCUAUUCCAAUGAGUGCAUGCUGUGUGCCUCCAAUAGACAGAAUAAACAGAAGGUUCAGAUUAAAUCGCUUCAUGUAUGCUGAUGCAUGAUGGCCUUGCAAAGCUUCAAAUGUUGCCACGAUCAUCACCAUGGAUAACAUUUCAGUUCACAAUGGAACAUCUGUCACAAAUACAAAAAUGUCUUGUUAUAAUGAAGAAAACAAAUGAUUAUGCAUGUAGUUUCUGCUAUGUUUUCUAUAUUCACAAUUGUCUUAAAUUGGUACUCAACUCCUCCCACCCCCCUCCAUUUUUUCCCUCUUACAUGUGUUCCUGGGUUCUUCAAAACACAUGCUCACCUACACAGCGAAUCAAGCAUUGUUCUCUGCAAUCCACUGUUCAGGUGCCGUACAGUGGGUCUCACGCUGCCAUUUUGGUCCUCCUUAGCUGGCCAAUUUGACAUGCCAUGCCCACCCAGCCAAUCUGUAAGCCGACUCUGCAGCCUUCUGGGAGAUGUGACGUGUACUGUAAGUACCCCAGGAGGUCUAGGACAGAGUGGCAAUAGGUGCAGGGCCAAAAAUUUGAAAAUGGAAAAAGAAUAGAAAAAUAAAUCACAUAAUUCUACUUGGUUGGAGUGGAAGGGGGGUUGUUAAAAUGGAACUAACUUCCUUUUGGGAGGUAGGUUUUGCUCUAAGCCUCAUGCACAUGGUUGGUUUGGUGAUAGUAUUUGCAGGCCCCUUGGAGGCACAGUUGCAGAAUCCUGAAUAAGCCUAUGAUAUGCUGAAAUAUACAGCGGGUAAAAUACGUAUUGAACGUGUCACAGUUUUUCAAAGUAAAUAUAUUUCUAAAGGUGCUAUUGACAUGAAAUGUUCACCACAUGUCGAUAACAACCCAUACAAUC